UGUAACAUAAAACGGAUAGAGAUAAGACUAGACAGAUGCAGGUUGAUUUAGUUAUUGAACACAUCCUUCUGAGUUUAGUUCGUUUUGGCAACGUGGGGGGCUUCAUCCAUUUCAAUACAUCGUAGCCGAGCAACUCGUCCGGCGGCCACCCCGUACCUCCGCCAUGUACAGAUCAGCGCUCUCCGCCAUCACCUCCAAAUCCCGCCGCCCCCUUCGGUCUCCCUUCUUCUCCCCCUUCCGCGCCGAAACCCCGAUCAUCUCAUCCGUCUCGCCAUACCCCGGACCCGAAUCGCGGCUCCCGAUUCCGUCGAACCGGUUCUCUUCCUUCAGAGAUCCUCCGAGUCGCGCGAGUUUUGCGCCUUCGAUCUGCUUCCCGGACUGGUCGCCAGGGCUGCGCCGCCGCGUGGUCAGCCGAACCAGGGGUCUAUGCGGCGGGUCGGGCGACCGGGAGAGUCUGGAGUACGAUGUGGUCAUCGUGGGGGCGGGACCAGCCGGGUUGUCGGCCGCGAUACGGUUGAAGCAGAUGUGCCUGGAGAGGAACGCCGAUCUUUCCGUUUGCGUCUUGGAGAAGGGUCCGGAAGUCGGUGCUCAUAUUAUAUCAGGAAAUGUUUUUGAGCCUCGUGCUUUGGAUGAAUUGAUCCCACAAUGGAGACACGAGGGUGCUCCGAUUGAGGUUCCUGUCUCCUCUGAUAAGUUUUGGCUGCUUACAGAAAAUCAUUCAUUGCAACUUCCAUCCCCAUUUGAUAACAAAGGAAACUAUGUGAUUAGUUUGAGCCAGCUGGUACGGUGGAUGGCAAUGAAAGCUGAAGAGGUGGGAGUUGAAAUAUAUCCAGGUUUUGCUGCAAGUGAGAUUUUGUAUGAUGAAAAUCACAGAGUCAUUGGAGUUGCAACUAACGAUAUGGGUGUUGCUAAAGAUGGUUCUAAGAGGGAGACUUUUCAACGUGGCGUUGAACUGAAAGGACGUGUCACACUUCUUGCUGAAGGAUGUCGAGGGUCACUGUCAGAGAAAAUGAUAAGGGCUCACAAACUACGCGAAAAAGUACAAGGACAGCAUCAAACUUAUGCCUUGGGCAUCAAGGAGGUUUGGGAAAUUGAGGAAGGAAAGCAUAAACCAGGAUCUGUGCUACAUACAGUGGGAUGGCCAUUGGAUAUGAAGACAUAUGGAGGUUCUUUUUUGUACCACAUGAGUAAUAGGCAGAUCGCUAUCGGACUUGUCAUUGCCUUAAAUUAUCACAACCCUUAUUUGAACCCUUAUGACGAAUUCCAGAAAUUCAAGCACCACCCUGCCAUCAAACCACUUUUGAUGGGUGGAACAGUUCUCGAGUAUGGUGCUCGCACAUUGAAUGAAGGUGGUUUCCAGUCAAUACCUUAUUCAGUAGUUCCUGGAGGAGCAAUUAUUGGAUGUUCUGCUGGCUUUCUAGAUGUGCCUAAGAUAAAGGGCACACAUACUGCCAUGAAAUCAGGUAUGCUGGCAGGGGAAGCAGCUUUUAGAACACUAGUUGAAGGAGCAACAAUGGAAACAUACUGGGACAAUUUGAAAAAGUCCUGGAUUUGGGAAGAUCUGAAAAGAGCUAGAAACUACCGACCAGCCUUUAAAUAUGGGCUUAUACCUGGAUUGGCCUUCUCUGCACUGGAGCGCUAUGUCUUCAGAGGAAGACUGCCUUUGACACUGAAGCAUGGGAAACCUGAUCAUGAAGCUACAGAUAUCGCCAGUCUGCAUGCUCCAAUUCAAUACCCAAAGCCGGAUGGACAAAUAUCUUUCGACGUGCCAACUUCACUGUACAGGAGCAACACAAAUCAUGAACAUGACCAACCAGCUCAUCUUCAUUUGAGGGAUUCAACAGUACCUGAAUUAGUAAAUCUUCCACUAUAUGCUGGACCGGAGUCGAGAUAUUGCCCAGCUCGUGUUUAUGAGUAUACUCCAGAUGAGAAUCAUCGUCUGAAGCUUCACAUCAAUGCCCAAAAUUGUCUACACUGUAAGGCUUGCGAUAUUAAAGAUCCGAGGCAAAACAUCAAGUGGACGGUACCGGAAGGUGGUGGUGGUCCUGGGUACACAAUUAUGUGAUAUCACAUAUAAAGGAGUCGCACUUUUGUUCAUAAUAAUUAAGGCCGAAAUGCUAGCUGGUCUUUCCCUCUUUGGUGAUGUUUGCCAGAUCUAAUAGCUGGACACUCUGAUCAGUAAUAUGAUAGAUUAAGAGAAGGGAGCAAAUAGAGGAAUGCAUUUUUCCUAGUCUUUCCGUCUUAGUGUUUUUCUUAUUAAUAGAAGUGACCAGCCCACCAUUUGGAAAUGGCAAGCCAUGCCAUUUAUAGCCUGCUGCGAUGGGAAUCAUUUUUGAAGACCUUACAGAUUAUAGCACUAGGAGACACUUUUCCAAGUAGAGGAAGGAUGGCUCCUGAUAUACCCCAGAAGUGUGACCUAGAAGAAUGAGUUGAAAUUUCUAUGUUUGCAAAUGAUUAUUUCUGUCGUAUCUAGACUUGCAAAUACUGAUGAUGCUGUGCCUCAGCAAUUUACAUGUGUCUGAGUAAAAGUCUGUCAUUUUCUGACAACUAUUAACAUUUUAGACUGUAAUCGUCUUAGUUCUUUGAAUAUGUGCAAUUGCUUUAUUAGAGCCAGUUGUAAUAUGAGAAAUUUAUUGUACUUUGAA